AUGGAUGCCAAACAUGCACAGAACGACGCUGAAGAGGUAUUAGAGCCCUCUGAGCUUGACUCCCCGCCUUUGCCUCCCUCCAAGAUUCCAUUCUUUCGCUCCACGCUGUUCCAAGCCCUGGUUAUUGCAGGAGUGUUCUUCUGUGGCCCUGGGAUGUACGGGGCGCUGAAUGCUCUGGGCGCGGGAGGAUUGAAGAGUCCUCUGCUGGUCAACAUCACAUCUGGAUUGUCUUAUGGCCUCAAUGUGAUCUUUGCACUUCUAACCGGUGUCUUCGUGAACGUCUUGGGAGAGCGCAUUGUGUUGAGUCUCGGAGUGAUAGGAUUCAGUAUCAAUGGUGCCUCGCUAUAUUGCAACAACAUGUUCGGCAAUACCUGGCUUAUGUAUUUUUCCUCGGCUUUGCAGGGAUUUACCACGGCCCUUCUUUGGGUUGUCCAAGCUGCGAUUAUGCUGGCGUAUCCGGAGCCGGACUUUAAAGGAAGAUUUAUCGCAAUCUGGUACACGUCCAUCGCACUAGGCCAGUCUGUCGGAGGCGCUCUCGCUCUUGGAUUUAACGUCUCGAAUAAAGAGGCAGGCGCUGUUACUCCAGUCACAUAUAUCCCUCUCAUCGCGAUUGCGGCUUGCGGUCCUUUCAUCGCUCUCUUGAUAUCUCGACCCCACCAAGUUAUCCGUCGAGAUGGCGUGGAGGUUCUGUCUAGAAAACAGCCAAAUGCAUGGCAAGAGGCGAAGAGAAUGCUCCUCCUUCUCCCUCUGUUCAUCUACUCGCAAUGGUUUCUUUCCUACAACAGCACAUUCACGGCGGUUUAUCAUUCCGUCCGUGGUAGAGCCCUUACCUCCUUUACGAGUGCAUUCGCAGGGGUUGCAGGAACCUUUGCGGCGGGAGUCUUCCUAGACAAGAAGAAUCUGUCUCGAUCGACCAAGUUUCGCUGGUCGUACUUUGCCAUUUAUAUUUUGUACACCCUGACUUGGGUGUGGGACACAGUUGUGCAAUGGUAUUACUCAAAGACUAAUCCAGUGGGACUAGAUUGGGCGCAGUCCGAGUUCUAUGCAAGCUUUCUUUUGAUUCUUGUGAAAGGAUUUGUUGACCAUGCUUUCCAAACAUGGAUGUAUGCACUUAUCGGGACCCUGACGGAAGAUGUCGAUGAGCUGGCGCGGUAUACGGGGUUCAUGAAGGCCGUGAAUACUGGCGGUGCAGCAUUGGGAUAUGCUGUCCAGACGAAAUGGAGCAUGAUGGGGUCGGAGGCAUUGCUGCUUGGACUGUGGGUGGUUCAAAUCAUUCCUACUUGGUUGAUGGUGAGAAGAGUGAAGGAUUAA